AACUACAUAAACAAUUAGCACAUUUAUUAUACAUAAAUAUUUGGGUUUUAGGUUAGGUUAAGCUUAUGCAAAAAUAAAGGCAAGUGAACUAUGAAUAAUAGAUAAACAGCAUUUUUUAUGUACUUCAGUUAGAGUUGGUAAUGUUUAUGUAUUUGAAAAUUGCAUGCUCCUGCAUUGAUUAAUUGCUCAGCUGUCAUGGAGAACUCUUGACUUUUAAAUAGAAGGCUAGGAAAUGUUGUGACAAGCAUCACGCAGGGUCAGAUCUGGCCCCUUGGGGCUUGACAUUGUCAUCCAUGUCAUGCCUCUUCCUUUUGGAAUGCGGCGUAUCCAUUCACUGCAGGGGGCUGAGAGAUAAGCCCCGAGCGGUCUCCGUGGUGACCACACGCAUGGCUGAUGAGUGAUAUUACAUGAGUGGAAAGUGGAAAGGCGGGAGGGAGCUUUGUGGUUUGCCAGGUGAAGAGAAAGAGCGAGAGAGAUAGCGUUGCAAUGGCAGGUAGGAGAUGGAAGGAGGGGCUCCUCACCUGCGUAGGCUGAUGAGCAACGGGGGUCUUCUUCAGUGCUGACCUUUUGGAAAGUUCACGGUGACAAGCCAUAUUUUUGAGAGGCGUAAUUUUUAAAGAGAGCGAUGGAGAAACGGUACCCGGCUAUUGCAGGCAGAGAGAAAGGACCCGGCCCAGGGCAAUACGGGCUACCCCCUACCAUUGGCUUUAUUGGCCACGACUUAACGAAGCAAACAAGCCCCGCAUACUCCUUCCACGGCAGGAUGAGUGACAAGAUGUAUUGUGUUGACUGCAGUCCGGGACCUCAGUACCACGUCGAUGCGAAGAUGACUCACUUCGGGAGAGACGGCACGCCUGCAUACUCCAUGUUGGGCAGAACUAAAGUAAAAAAGGAGCCCUUCCACACCCCUGGACCGGGGACCUAUAGCCCAGAAAAAGCUUCGACCUGCAACCUCCAGCGCCGACCCCCUUCCUUCACCAUGGGCCGCCGCACGCGUUACCGCACCACCGACGCCGUGCCCUCUCCCAACAAGUACACUCUCCCUCCACUCAUGGGCUCUCACAUCCCAAACAAGCCGGCCGGCGCCAGCUACACAAUGUCGGCUUGUUUCAGCCAAGGCGGACCGUCCGUAGACCUCGCCAAGACGCCGGGUCCUUGUAGAUAUAACAGCACACACCCCAGCGUUUAUCUACGCAGGCCGCCUGCUUUUUCCAUGUUGGGGCGACACGGAGUACCCACGGAAGACAUGGAGACACCUGGACCUGGAUCUUAUAACCCAGAAAGAGUAACAGUGCACAAAAGUCGGGCCCCAGCCUUCUCCAUGGGCAUUAGGCACUCUGAGUAUAUCACUCCACUGGUCGUCACUGUUUCCGAUUGAACAUUAGCCACAACGUAGCCACACUUGUGCAAUCUAAUGAGCACUGCAGCAUUCACAGUCGGAUUUGUGAACACACAGUAGCACAGUUAGGAGGUGACUUAUUAGCUCUUUUCAUUUCGUGAUGUUUCUUAGCACGCUUUAUUUUAUUAUAAUGGCGGGGCGUUUUCUUCAUCUUGUCAUUUAUAAGGCAUAAAAAAGUGUCAUCGCUGAACAACUAUUGAUUCCAUCUGGUUUAUUAGUAACUUCUUCCACACUAAGACAAACAAACUUGUGAUUGGCUGUUUUAUAGAGGGUGGGGCACCUUUUUUAAAAAAAAAAUUUUUGCAAGUGCAUAAUUUGUUCUAAUGUGGUAAUAUUACAUUGUUCUUUUAUCGCUAAGCUGACGUUGGAUGAAGUUAACUGAAUGUGAUUCCCCACCCUCAUUUUCCACACCGCUUUAGACGAAAAGGUAAGAAGUAAAGAAUUCCAUGAUGUCAUUUCUAGUUGUUUCACUGACAAUUGAAUUGAAAUGAUGAUGAUCCGAUUUGACACGAUGAGAAAAUGUUGUCAUUGACUUUGAUUUGACUUCAUGAUUAGGAAAAUGAACUAAAAUGCUCUUUGAGUGAUAAAUAAUCGA